AUAAUAAUGUGGAAGUUAAAGAUAGCAGAAGGAGGGGCAUACGUGAGGAGCGUGAAUAAUCACGUCGGAAGACAACACUGGGAGUUCGAUCCCGACGCCGGAACUCUCGAAGAACGUGCUCACGUCCAACGCCUUCGCCAACACUUCAAAAACAACCGCUUUCUUCACAAGCAAAGUGCUGAUCUUCUCAUGAGAUUGCAGCUUAGAAAGGAAAAUCCAUGCGGAUCAAUUCCACCACCAGUCAAAGUAAACGAAACGGAGGACAUAACAGAGGACGCAGUGGCCAACACUCUGAGACGGGCCCUGAGCUUCUACUCCUCUAUUCAGGCCCACGAUGGCCAUUGGCCCGCUGAAUCUGCCGGCCCAUUGUUUUUCCUACCUCCGCUGGUUAUAUCAUUGUAUGUGACCGGAGCAGUUAAUGCAGUUCUAGGACCAGAGCACCGAAAAGAGAUAAUUCGCUACAUCUAUAAUCAUCAGAAUGAAGAUGGAGGGUGGGGGCUACAUAUUGAGGGGCAUAGCACAAUGUUUGGUUCAGCCUUAAGCUACAUUGCCUUGAGGUUGCUUGGACAAGGUCUUGAUGAUGGUGAUGACAACGCCAUGGAGAAAGCUCGCAAAUGGAUUCUUGAUCAUGGCGGCGUCGUUGCGAUUCCUUCUUGGGGAAAAUUUUGGAUAACGGUGCUGGGUGUGUAUGAGUGGUCAGGCUGUAAUCCAUUGCCUCCAGAAUUUUGGCUUCUCCCAACAAUUUCUCCCAUUCAUCCAGGGAAAAUGUUGUGCUAUUGUCGGUUGGUUUACAUGCCGAUGUCAUACUUAUACGGGAAGAGAUUUGUUGGUCCGAUCACCAAGUUGGUUAAGUCCCUAAGACAAGAACUGUACAACCAGCCCUAUGACCAUGUAAACUGGAACAAAGCACGAAACACGGUCGCCAAGGAGGAUCUGUAUUAUCCGCAUCCGGUGGUUCAAGACAUGCUUUGGGGAUUCCUCCACCACGUGGCGGAGCCAAUUCUUAGGCAUUGGCCUUUCUCUAUGCUCAGAGACAAGGCACUCAAAGCCGCAAUUCAACACGUACAUUACGAGGACGAAAACAGUAGAUACCUUUGCAUUGGAUGCGUAGAGAAGGUGUUGUGUUUGAUUGCUUGUUGGGUUGAAGAUCCAAAUUCGGAAGCUUACAAGCUGCAUUUAGCUAGAAUCCCAGACUACUUGUGGCUUGCUGAAGAUGGACUCAAAUUUCAGAGUUUUGGUUCUCAAAUGUGGGAUGCAGCAUUUGCAGUUCAAGCAAUUAUCUCUUGCAAUCUAAAUGAAGAGUAUGGGCCAACACUUCGCAGAGCACAUGAAUUUGUGAAGGCUUCGCAGGUGAGAGAAAAUCCUUCUGGAGAUUUCAGCAAGAUGUAUAGGCAUAUAUCUAAAGGUGCAUGGACAUUCUCAAUACAAGACCAUGGUUGGCAAGUCUCCGACUGUACUGCAGAAGGGCUAAAAGCUGCACUCUUAUUCUCACAAAUGCCAACCGAAAUAGUUGGAGAAAAAAUGGAAACAGAACGCUUCUACGAUGCGGUGAAUGUAAUUCUUUCCCUUCAGAGCAAAAAUGGUGGUUUCCCUGCCUGGGAGCCUCAAAGAGCAUUUCGUUGGUUGGAGAAAUUCAAUCCGACUGAGUUUUUUGAGGACACCCUAAUUGAGCGAGAGUAUGUAGAAUGCACUUCUUCUGCAAUUCAAGGUCUGGCAAUGUUCAGGAAAUUAUAUCCAAAGCACCGAAGAAAAGAAAUAGAUAGUUGCAUAUCAAAAGGACUAGGUUACAUUCAAGACACACAAAACCUUGAUGGUUCAUGGACUGGUUGCUGGGGAAUAUGCUACACGUAUGGUACAUGGUUUGCAGUGGAAGCGCUAGCAGCGUGUGGGAAGAGCUACAACAAUUGUGUUAGCUUACAGAAAGCUUGUCAAUUUCUGCUCUCUAAGCAGCUACCCAAUGGUGGAUGGGGAGAAAGUUACCUUUCUAGUCAAAAUAAGGUUUACACAAAUUUAGAAGGCCACCGAGCAAAUUUGGUUCAGACAGCUUGGGCAUUGUUAUCCCUCAUCAAGGCUGGGCAGGCUGAUAUAAAUCCUACACCCAUACAUCGUGGAAUAAGAGUGUUGAUCAAUAUGCAAAUGGAAGAUGGUGACUUCCCUCAAAAGGAGAUCACAGGAGUGUUUAUGAAGAAUUGCACGUUAAACUACUCAUCAUAUCGAAACAUCUUUCCAAUAUGGGCCUUGGGAGAAUAUCGUCGCCGUCUUUUAUUUGCUUAACCUACCUUUAUUUAUGUAUCAUUUGAAAAUGGCUACUGUAUACAUAUAUACAUAUGUAUAAUAUAUGGUGUAAUAGUAUUUCUUUAGCAAAGACUUGGGGUAUAUUUUUAUUUAUUUUUACUUAUUAUGGUAUGUAAUAUUCUAUCUCUUCAAAAGAAGGAGAUGGAUAGAUGUGAGACAUUUGUCGUAAUUACAUUAUAUAAG